AUGUCUCCGACGCUGCGGCCACUCAUCUCUAUCCCUCAGGACGGCGCGGCGGCACCCUCCCCAGUGCUGCUGCCGGCCCUGGCCUCGCCCGCCAGCGCCGCCAGCGAGGCGGACUGGGCGGGGCGGAUGGUCACCCUGUGGCUCGACGAGGAGUGGACCCCGCUGCCGGAGCACGCAGCUCUGGGCCGGGCGGUGUGCGAGUCGGUGGAGCGGCUGAGCUCGGCCGCCGAGGGCCCCCUGGAUGCCUCGGGCCUGGUCAUCGACCUGGCCGGCGCCCUGGCCGCCUGCGACUACCACGCCACCUUUGUGAACGCGUUCGACGUUGCCAACAAGGCCGUGGAGCUGCUCAUGCUGCGCGCGGGGCACGUGGUGUGCUGCGUGCCUGAGGCCGAGCAGGAAAGGACGGCGCGCCACGCCGCCCAGCUCGACCGGGGCGGGCCGCCGAGCUGA